CACUCUUAACUUCUUUAUUUUAGAUAUUUCUUUUGAACUAACUUCCUUUUUUCUAAGAUUUCUGGGGUAUUACUGUUGGCUCCGGUGAUCGCCGGCCCGAUGAUGACCCCGGAUCCACGUGCAUCAUGACACGCCAAGACGGAGGGUACGUAUCGAGGUACGUACCGUCGGACUAUGUCAGCGCCGCCAGAUGUCAUGAACUCCCAGGCUACCAGCUUUUUUAUAUCACAUCAUCGCCUCUCAAUUGUCAGAGCUACUGCAAUCAAGAAAAUCCUACGACUUCGAAGGGAUGAGCGUAGAGCUGGCCGCCUCUCAAGAUGGGCCAGAAUCUUUCGGAUGAACAACCGCGCCGGCGGACGAACGAGGAACUCAGCCGUGAACUCGCACAGAGGUUCAAAGACAAAUGCUUCACCUCUCUCGAGUUCUACUCACUCAAGGAUGUCUUCAAGUCCCUUGCCGAUCACCAGGACACCAUGAAGUACCUGAAGGAGGACACCAUCGCGCGAUACCUGGAGAUACCGGAUAUCCUCCACGCGUCGCCUGUCAUCUUCCAGAUGGUUUCAUACCUUGGCGCCUUUCCGUUUCUCCAUGAUGCGCCGGCCGUAUUGGAGCUACCACAGUUGAUUAUGGUUGUCGUCAUCAUGACGGAGCGGUAUAAAAAGGUCCUGGCUCGUGGCUCCACAGAUAGGACAAAGCUGCUGUUCAAGAGCAUGGCCGUUUACGACCGAAAGCCUUCCGACGCUGCGAUCAAUCCGCCGGAAGAUGAAGCUCCGCAAAAGAAGCAGAAUGGCAAUUCCCACGCUGGAUUCGCCGUGGACGAGGCCCAAGAAGACGGAGAGGAGGAGGACGACGAGGACGACGAUCUGGUCCUGACAGCAUUCGAGCUGCUUGAUAUCAAAGAAGCUGUGGACCAGGGCCAUGCACCAAACUUCCAUGGCGCGACAAUUCCAACCGACAACUUCCGAAAGCUGUUAAUGCUGCUGUUGCUUGCGGCUCCGCUUGACCCCCAAGAGAGCCUCUCGCUAUAUUCGAGCCGUGUCGUUGGCGACGAGCUCGACUGCCUCCGUUCAACGGCCGAAUGCAUCCUAUCAUCCUUUGUCAACGCCGAAAAGGCACCCGGGAUCAAGUACAACCAAUUCAAGACGAUCAUUCCCGUGAUAUCUCCCCAUCUAUUCCGUGGUUUCAACGGCCUGUUUGAGCAUUUCCUCUUCUCCAAGAACCUUGACUUCUCGAAACAUCAAAGCGGUGCCGCAGAAAAAGUCGAGGCCCCAAAGAUAGCGCAACCGCUGCUGCCAGAGGGUGGUGAGAUUCUGAAUGCGAGCACGUUGUCCCAGAUAUCGCUCUUCCUCCCCGGUUCGGAUCUUUUUCGAAGAGUCAGGCUGCUAUAUUCCGGCAACGAUGCGGGAUUCUCGAUGGGAAGUUUCCAGAACAAAGUAUUCAACUGGCAGGCGCCGACCUUGCUCCUGGUGAGCGGAACGCGCCUCGGGGACGUCCCAGAUGGUGGCCAAGAGGCAGCCUUCGCGGCGUCUCUUCCAUCUCGAAGGUUCCCUCACGGCAGCAAGUCAGAUCGUCUCACUUUCGGAGUCUACAUCCGAGAGCACUGGAAACACACGCACAGGGAGUGCUUCGGAGACUCGGAUACGGUGUUGUUCCAGCUGGAGCCCAUUCACGACGUGUUCCCCGCGUCGACCAUCAACAAGGACUACGUUACCUUUACCAAGUCUCCCGCAAACCACCCAAUGCUCGCCGUCGGAUGCCCUCAUCCCAAGCCAACGCAGGCGCACCGGAAAGCCGACCUUCAUCGAUUAGGAGCCACAUCUCUGUUUCUCGACGAUUCAUUCGAGUUUGGUGUCUUCAACCACGACUACUCCUCGCGAGGAGGGGCUUUCCACACAAGUGUGGUGAGGAAGUUUGACUUCCAGGAUCGGUUCCAGAUCGAGAACCUGGAGGUUUGGGGAUGUGGCGGAGACGCAGAGGCAAAAGCGCAGGCGGAGAGAUGGGCAUGGGAAGAGAAAGAAGCCGAGGCCCGCCGCAGGGUCAACCUUGGAACUGGGGAUAUUGACACAGAUCGGGCCUUGUUGGAGAUGGCUGGGCUGGUCGGAGCCAACCGGAGUGGAGGUUCCAUGGGGUAGUAUUGGAGUUGUGUCACCUGGCCAUAAAUUGCUCAUGUUCACGGCGUUUCUCUUUGGGUAAGUGUGUAUGAUGGAAUAAAUUCAAUUCAACUCAUUUGCGGGCGGA